CCCGGCGUGCGGGGCGGAGGAUGGUGCGCGGCGCGCCCCGGGCUCCCCGCCGCCAGCGCCGCAGCGCCGAGGCCGAGGCCGAGCCGGCCGCCCCGGGCAGGCGACCCCCGCUCCGGGCGCGGGGCGAGCGGCCGCGCUGAGACGCCUCGGGCGGCGCGGGCGCCGCGGCCAUGGGCGCCCUGACCAGCCGACAGCACGCGGGCGUGGAGGAGGUGGACAUCCCGGCCAACUCCGUGUACCGCUACCCGCCCAAGUCCGGAAGCUACUUUGCCAGCCACUUCAUCAUGGGAGGAGAGAAGUUCGACUCGGCCCACCCCGAAGGCUACCUGUUUGGAGAGAACAGCGACCUGAACUUCCUGGGGAAUAGGCCCGUGGCGUUUCCUUACGCCGCCCCGCCUCCCCAGGAGCCAGUGAAGACGCUGAGAAGCCUGGUCAACAUCCGCAAGGACACACUGCGGCUGGUCAAGUGCGCCGAGGAGGUGAAGACCCCUGGGGCCGAGGCCGGCAGAGCUAAAGUCCACUACAACGUGGAGUUCACCUUCGACACCGACGCCCGCGUGGCCAUCACCAUCUACUACCAGGCCACCGAGGAGUUCCAGAACGGCAUCGCCAGCUACAUCCCCAAAGACAACAGCCUGCAGUCGGAGACGGUGCACUACAAGCGCGGGGUGUGCCAGCAGUUCUGCCUGCCCUCCCACACCGUGGACCCCUCCGCGUGGGCCGAAGAGGAGCUCGGCUUCGAUCUGGACCGAGAGGUCUACCCGCUGGUGGUCCAUGCGGUGGUGGACGAAGGAGACGAGUAUUUCGGCCACUGCCACGUGCUGCUGGGCACUUUCGAGAAGCACACGGACGGGACCUUCUGUGUCAAGCCCCUGAAGCAGAAGCAAGUGGUGGACGGGGUCAGCUACCUGCUCCAGGAGAUCUACGGGAUCGAGAACAAGUACAACACGCAGGAUGCCAAGGUGGCUGAGGACGAGGUGAGUGACAACAGCGCCGAGUGCGUGGUGUGCCUCUCGGACGUGCGGGACACCCUGAUCCUGCCCUGCCGCCACCUCUGCCUGUGCAACACCUGCGCCGACACCCUGCGCUACCAGGCCAGCAACUGCCCCAUCUGCCGCCUGCCCUUCCGGGCGCUGCUGCAGAUCCGAGCCAUGAGGAAGAAGCUGGGCCCCUUGUCCCCGACCAGCUUCAACCCCAUCAUCUCCUCCCAGACCUCCGACUCGGAGGAGCCCUCGUCCUCCGAGAACAUCCCGCCGGGCUAUGAAGUGGUGUCCCUUCUGGAGGCCCUCAACGGGCCCCUCACCCCAUCCCCCGCGGUCCCUCCACUCCACGUGCUGGGCGACGGCCACCUCUCAGGAAUGCUGCCCGCCUACGGCAGCGACGGCCACCUGCCCCCCGUCAGGACGCUCUCCCCGCUCGACCGCCUGCCCGACGGCAGCAGCCAAGGACUCAAGCUCAAAAGGAGUUUCUCCAAGUCCAUCUCCCAGAAUUCCUCCGUGCUGCACGAGGAGGAAGACGAGCAUUCCUGCAGCGACUCGGAGACGCGCCUCUCUCCGCGGCCGGCCCCGCAGCAGCCGGGAGAGGAAUGUGGCGUCACUCCAGACAGCGAGAAUCUCACCCUGUCGUCAUCAGGGGCCAUUGACCAGUCGUCUUGCACGGGGACGCCUCUCUCUUCCACAAUUUCCUCCCCAGAAGACCCUGCCAGCAGCAGCCUGGCCCAGUCGGUCAUGUCCAUGGUGUCCUCCCAGAGCCAGCACUCCCAGCUCAGCACCGACACGGUCUCCUCCAUGUCCGGCUCCUACAUCGCCCCCGGCACGGGCACAGGCACGGAGGACGAGGGAGAGGCGCUCCCCUCCCCGCUGGCCGCCAGCAGGGCCGCUUCCGAGGAAGGAGAGGCGAUGCCGGCAGCGUCUCCAGACAGCAACUUCAUGGGCCUCGCUGACGAGCAGGACGCAGAGGGCAAUGACGUCAUGGAGGAAGACGAUGGGUCCCCCACACAGGAAGACGGCCAGAGGACGUGCGCGUUUCUAGGCAUGGAGUGUGACAAUAACAAUGACUUUGACAUCGCAAGCGUGAAAGCACUGGACAAUAAGCUGUGCUCUGAGGUCUGCUUACCCGGCACCUGGCAGGCCGAUGACAACGCGCUCAGUCGUCGGCACCCUCGGCGUCGGCGCCGGUCGUCCAGCAGCCUGGAGGAUGCCGAGAGCGGGCGCUGCGUGUGGGGGCCUCUGGCCGUCUGAGAGCCCGCCCCAGGCCAGAGCCUCCUCCGGUCCCCACAUCCCAUCCUGGACUCACUGGACCAUGGCCUCCUGGGCAUCCUCAGCGGGACACAUGGAGACUUUUACACCCACGUGGGAGCUGGGCGUGGAGGCCAGCCUGCUCCUCCCGGCCCCCAGCCUUCCAUCACCAGGACCCCGGCCCUCUCCGAAGGGGCUGGAGGCCUCCUUCCUCCUCAGAGACCCUCUGGAACGUUCCCACUGUAUCUUGAUCUUCAGGGGAGCCAUAGCCCACAGGCUGGCGUCUCAAGCAUCUCUCUUCUCCGUGGCGGGUAGACCAGAAGGCUCGGAGUCUUAGCGGCUGCAUUGCAGGCGUUUUUGUGUGUCAAGGACAACAACUCCAAUUUGAAACCUCCAGUUCGGGGGGGGAUUUGAGGGAGACACGUGAGAAGGCAAAGCCAUGUUGCACUGUAUGCGGAGUUUCCUUCAAGGACAAGAGAAAUGGUACCAGCCCACCAGACGGUUGGUUGAAAAGACAGUUCUUGCUUCCAGCAGGCGAGCUGGUCUAAGCCUCAUGUGAGUGUCUUGCUUAGAGAGGAGGCCUUGGACCUGAGACACGCGCCCCCUCCCCUCCCAGUUACAUGACCGCCCUCGGGAGGGUCUUAGAUCAGGUGCAUCCGGGAAGGCCUGGGACACCACCCUAAGGUGACAUUUCAAAACACAUUUGUGACCACCUCUGUCCUGUGCGUGGAGCUGUCAUCACUCUGGCCCUGUCCAGUGAUAUUCUUACCCGUUUCCCCGUCUCCACCCCUGUUUGUUCGUAGUUGAAGAGACAGGCUGAGAGGGGGGUGGACCAGGGACCCUCCAGCUGGUACCCAGGACUCCCCAAAGAAGCGGUGCGGAGCGCUGAGCUGGGGGCCGGCAGUGGGCUGGGCGCUGGUGGCAGGAGGCAGGGCCUUCACCCCUGGGAGUCUCCCCCCCAUGUCCUCCCCCCCUCCGCCCCCCUGCCUUCUAGUCCUCCUGAGCCUGAGAGGGGCAAGGGGAGGGACUGCCUUCCACAGGCUCAUUAGAGACUUAGAGAGAGUGUUCCAGUCACGUGCCCUCCCCCGCUCAGCCCAAAAGCUGGCGAGAGCAAGGCUGCCCGGGACCGUGAGUGCUGGGUCCCCCCUCUCAGCACUGGCUCUGAUGAGUCCUCGCCGAGGCUUUGUUGGCCUUUGGAAAAGGUGGUCGAGCGCGGGCUUGGGAGGCAGAGCUGUAAACAGCAAUGUGUGAGGCUGAGGCAUGGAGCCCAGGCUAUGCCCGUCCAAUGGCUUGUCUUAGGAUUUGGAACUGUCACCCGGAAGAGCUUCUCGGGGCCCUUGCCAAGCCUCCCAGGGAGCCCUGAGCCCUCGCUCGGCACCCUUCCGGCGGCCUUUUGCAUGGCCGGGUGAGCAGGGCCCCCCUGCCGCCCAGUGGCUGUGGCUCACACUCUGCCUGGUCGGGGAGCCUGCUGUUCUGACAGGUGCCACGUGAGCCAAGCCGGAAUGGAAGCUUCUGGAUGGAGUUCCCACGUCCUCCCUCUCUGGAAUCCUGCCGUGGACUCCACUGGUUUAGGCCCCACUCCGUGUCCCCCCCCCCCCCCCCCCGCCCCGGCCCUGGCAUUCUUCCAGCCCCAGCCCCUUUCCUAUUGAGAUCUGAGCAAUAACCCCACUCCCUGAGUUCCUCCAAGUUUGAGCCCCAGAAACGCCAGGAAAGGGGGCUUCCCUCAGCCUCGGGUAGAGGCGCACAGACCCACCUGCUCUCCCGGCACUGCCUUCACGGUGUGGUGUCACCUGAGAUGAAGGAGCCGCAGGUUAACAGCAGCCACAGGGGCCAGGAACGCUAAGAGGAAGCCAUCACCGUCACCCUUUCUGGGGGGUCUGUGUCCUCUCCCAGGGGGAGAGAGGCUCAGAAAGGUUCUUCUAAGCCCUGGUUCCCUACCCAAGACCUCUGGGCUACAGGAUGGCCCCUCAGUCCUUGUUUUUCCGUCACUUCCUGUCCUCUGCCCCCCCCCGCCCCCCUUGUCCUCAUUCAGAUGUUGGCAAGCAGAGAUAUCGCCCCCAGAGGCUAGUCCUCAGCCUGAGAGGGGACAAGGCCGCUGCCCCCGAGAGAAUGGACAGGCAUAGGCUAACUGGAGGCCGGUCGCUCCUUCCUACCACGGGUCUGAGCUCCCCACGGCCUCCAGGUGGUGUGAUCCAGGCCUCCUGACAGAGCCUUUUUCCAUCCCACCGGAGUUCACACCCACACCGGGCACCUCUUGGGCACAGACCCACACACUUGAAGCCAUCUCACCCGGAGAGAGCUAGGGUCCUGUCCGCCUGACCCUGGCCCCCUCGCUGCUCACCUUGCUUUAGGGUCUGCACCCCGGCUGUGUGCAGAGGUGUCUGUACGGUUGUGCCAUCCGUGUACCCCUCAUCCCUGGAGUUACGCUCAUGGGUACGCGACAGUGGGGACGUCGGGAUGCGGUGUUCAUGGGCUGCUGCAUGAUUCUUAAAACGGAAUAAAACUGUUUACAAGGAAGGA